AUGUCAGAGCAAGAUCCAGAGCCACAGCAGAGGUCCCAAGAACCCAUUCAGGUCCUCGAUGAAGAUGUGGAUGACGAUGCUGACCUCAUCUUUGUAGGGGUGGAGAAUGUAAAGGAAGAUGCUGAGCUGAUCUUUGUUGGAGUAACUUCAACUUCACAGCCAGCCAACUCGAAUAUUUUGAACAGAGUCACUCCAGGUUCACGGUUAAAAAGGAAGCAUGACGGACUCAGAGAGACCUCUACUGUACAAUUGCAGCCCUCACGUCCUGCCGCCCCCACAGCAGAGGCAGUGAUUGUCUUGCCGGCGUCCCCAGCUGAAUCGAUAUCGAAAGAUAGCCCUAUUAUUAUUGAGCCUUCAUCUGAGUCUGAGUAUAAAAGUAACUCACCAGAAGUUGUCCCUAGUAACUCUUCAAAGAGUUGUUCACCUUUGGUUACACUCUCGAGUUCAGAGAGCAGCCCAGUAAAGGCAGCACUUUCAGGAGGAGAUGUGAAAGAAAAUUUGUAUGUAUCGAAGUGCCAUUUUUCCAUAAAUCCACAGAGGCCUGAAAAUAGUAUUGAGAUUGUAGAACCACUUUCUUCAGGUACCUUCCAUACCUCGAAUGUGCAGCAGAGGACACCUUCCUUUGACACUCCACACUCACUGAACCAUCUUGGAAAUGGGGUGCCUCCUUCAGAGGACUCCACCCACCCUCGGCAGGACAGUGGAUUGGUGGAAGCCGACUUCUCAAGUCAAGGGAUGUUUGAUCCCAAGAAUGGAAGCUUGACCCUGUUACUCAGUGACUUUGAUUAUGGACAGCACAAAGGGGAUGGGAGGCCAGAGCAGAAGACUCAUACAACCUUUAAAUGCCACAGCUGCUCAAAAGCUCUAAAGAACGUUAAAUUUAUGAACCACACCAAACAUCAUUUGGAGCUGGAGAGGCAGGAGAGUGAGGAUGCCUGAGAGAGCCACACCACCUGUCUGCGCUGCCACCGGCAGUUCGAUUCCCCGUUCCAGCUGGAGUGCCACAUUGAUCGUGUGCACAUGGCUCCAGACCCAUCCAUGGUCUGCAAAAUCUGUGAAUUGUCGUUUGAGUCCGACCAAGUCCUUUUACAGCACAUGAAGGACAAUCACAAGCCCGGGGAGAUGCUGUACGUGUGCCAGGUCUGCAAGUACAGAUUGUCAGUCUUCACUGAUGUGGAGACACACUUUACAAAGUGCCAUGUGAACACUAAGAACCUGCUCUGUCCAUUUUCAGGAAGUGGGACAGGCAAAUCCCGAGAAUUGCCUGUUUCCGAGAAAUGCCAGUUGCUAAUGUCUGCUUUUCCCCAUCAAAGCAGGAGGUGGGACAGGCAAAUCCUGAGAAUUGCCUGGAUCCUGCUAAUUGACCAGCUUCUCAAGAAAAACCUGCUUAUCCGAUUCAAGCAGUAA